UCCUAUAAAGACGGCAACAUUCACGACGAGCAGAUCAUAUCUCGACAGCGAGCCAAAUAUAGAGGUAUUGUAAAUUCCUUUCCAACUCCCAUCAGUUUUGGAGUUUUGGUAAAUCCAUACGAUCGAGGUAUAAAUAGAUUCGAGUCUCCAAGGUGAGUACCAUAGCAAAUCGAUUGAACGAUGAUGAGGAGAGGUUUCCCGUGCUCCCUUCUUUGCCUCUUAUCCUUCGUAGCCGCUGCCGGUGCUUCUCUGGGAAGUGCAAGACUUGCGUCGAGGCAGGGAGAUGCCCUUAACGAGUUCAUCUUCGAUGUUACCAAGUUGCGAAGGGAAGCAGUCGAUGUUGCUUCCUCUAAGGCUAGUAUGUUUCUCGAUGAUCUGACCUCGAGAGUACAUGACAACGAUGGGUUGAAGGAGAAGGACAAGAUCGUGAAGCUGCCCGGCCAGCCUCAAGGAGUAGACUUCGAUCAGUAUGCAGGUUAUGUCACCGUCGACGCCGGAAGCGGACGAGCCCUCUUCUAUUACUUCGCUGAGGCAGUCGGCCGUGACAACAGUUCCAAGCCUCUACUUCUCUGGUUCAAUGGAGGGCCUGGCUGUUCGUCCUUCGGGUACGGGGCGAUGGAGGAGCUCGGUCCCUUCCGCGUCAUGAGCGACGGGAGAACUCUUUACAGGAACCCGUAUGCUUGGAACGCAGUGGCCAACGUGUUGUUCUUGGAGAGCCCUGCCGGCGUCGGCUUCUCGUACUCGAACACCACCUCGGAUUACGACAAGAGCGGCGACCAGAAGACAGCCGAGGACGCGUACGUGUUCAUUCUGAACUGGAUGGAGAGGUUUCCGGAGUACAAAGGGAGAGACUUCUACUUAGCAGGGGAGAGCUACGCGGGCCACUACGUGCCUCAGCUCGCCCUCACCAUCCUCCAACACGAGAACCGCUCGGCCAGUGCUGCAGCCAUCAAUCUCAAAGGGAUCGCGAUUGGCAAUGCGGCGAUCGACAUGGAGAGCGACAACAGAGGGAUGUACGACUUCUUCUGGACGCACGCACUGAUCUCAGACGCGACGGUGGAUGCAAUCCACAAACACUGCAACUUCUCGUCCGAGGACGACACACAGCCGCCGCAGUGCGCGCAGGCUCUGCAGGACGCCGAGAGGGUCUUCGAGGAGCUCGACAUCUACAAUAUAUAUGCUCCGCGGUGCUCGUCAUCCAGCUUGUCCCCCACUCCGAAGAAGCCAGAGAUCGACAAUUUCGAUCCAUGUAGCGGUGUUUACAUUAAGGCAUAUCUGAAUGAUCCUGACGUGCAGAAAGCGCUCCAUGCUAAUGUUACGAAGCUCGACUACCCUUGGUCUGGCUGCAGCCAAGUCAUACCCAAUUGGAAGGACAGCCCUUCUACAAUCUUGCCAAUAAUUCGACAAAUUCAGGCAAAUGGGGUACAGGUUUUGGUGUACAGUGGUGACAUUGAUGGAAGGGUUCCUGUUACUUCAACCACAUACUCUCUCAGCCUACUGAAACUUCCAGUGAAGGCUCCGUGGAGAUCCUGGACAGUCAACGAUCAGGUUGGUGGAUACGCUGUGGUAUAUGAUGGAAAUCUGACAUUUGCCACUGUUAGAGGAGCAGGGCAUGAGGUUCCAAGUUACCAACCAGCUCGGUCACUUGAAAUGAUAAAGAGUUUUCUCAAUGGAGAGAAUCUUCCAGCUUAAGAAGACUGAACUCAAACAUCCAUUAGAUUUAGAAGAAUGAUGGGAGGGCCCUCACACGACUCUCUAUGAAGUCCUGUUCCAUCAUCAUACCCCCAACAAUGUUUUACAAGUAUCAUUGCACGAAAUAAAGCAGCUGUUCUGUGUCUUUUCUUCA